AUGUACGUGAGUUAUCUCUUGGAUAAGGACAGUAACAUGUACCCUAACUCAGUGAGGCAUCCGAGUUUAAACCUUAAUCCUCAGAAUUUUGUUCCUGCACCUCCUCAGUAUUCAGAUUUCACUGGAUAUCAUCAUGUUCCUGGGAUUAACACUGACCCUCACCAUGGCCAGCCAGCAGGCUCAUGGGGCUCACCAUAUGCACCCACAAGGGAAGACUGGCAUGCUUAUGCCCCAGGGCCUGCUCCAUCUGCCAGCAGCCCAGCACAGAUUGGAUUCAAUCCUCCUGAUUUUAAUCCAGUCCAGGCUACAGGCUCUGGACUUCUUCCGCCAACAAUCAAUAGCACCGUUUCUCAGCUGUCGCCUGUGGCAACCAGGCGCAACCCAUACGACUGGAUGAGACGUACAGUUCCCACCAGUAACUCAGGAGGAGAGGGGAAAACAAGAACAAAGGACAAGUACAGAGUGGUAUAUACAGACCACCAGCGCCUCGAGCUUGAAAAAGAAUUUCACUACAGCAGGUACAUCACAAUCAGAAGGAAAGCAGAAUUAGCAGCGGCACUUGGGCUUACGGAACGGCAGGUUAAAAUCUGGUUCCAAAACCGAAGGGCAAAAGAACGAAAGGUAAACAAGAAAAAAAUGCAACAGCAGACACAGCAGGCCUCAACGACAACUGCAACCCCUCCAGGUGUAGGUUCUGCAGGGGGAGUGAGUGCUGUGAGCAGCAGUAGUGGAAGUGGCAUGAUUUCUCCAUCCCUUUCGAUGACUAUUAAAGAGGAAUACCUGGGCUGA